AUGCUAAAAAACAAAUUAAAAUUAAAAAUAAGUAUACUCUUAAUCAACUUUUAUAUUCAAUUUCAAAUUCAUAAACAUCUUAUAUCACCUGUUGUUUUAAUGUCAUUAGCAAUUCCUCGUUUAAUUAGUUCAUUUACUACAGGUUGUGUUAAAUCAACACGAAAUCCUUGGUUAUUUAUUCUUGGUUAUUAUAUUUCAUAUGUACCAUCAAUGCUUACUUUUAUUAUUUAUAUUAUACCUUCAGAUCUUUUUAAAAAAGAAUUUUAUCAAACAAUUCGUCGUAUUCAACAACAGUUAAGUCGACAAUAA